AUGUCUUUCGAUUGGCUAAAUGUUCCAGGACUUUCGUCUGAUGAUUCUGGACAUAUUCGGGACGCAGAAUCUCCGCCUCCACCGGUAUCAUUUGAUUUCGGAUCUACUGUGGGCUCCAAAAAUGGCGGUUUGGAUCGGACAAAUAGUUCUGGCGGCGAGGAAUAUCAAGAAUCGAGAGAAGAUUUGGCAGCUCCGCUCUCCCUUUCAAAAAACCAACUGUCAAGGGAAGAAGUAAGAACGUACUUGCGAUGGUAUGGGUACAUAACGUCGCGAAAAAAUGCCAAACUGAUAAGAUUGGAUGACAUUUUUCGAUUUAUGUCGAAUUUCCUGCUCUCACAAGUGGUCAAAGACCGUGUAGAACAUAUCUUCAAGUCGUGUAAAAACGCUCUCAACAUCGGCCAGUUUUUUGCAGUCUUGAGACUUAUUUCGCGUGCUAUGCAUGAUGAUGUGGUGCCUACAAGAGGAAUGAUUCUGCAUCCCACACCAGUACCAAAACCAAAAUCGAUUUUGGCUGCAGGAAAUGAAGAAGUUUACGAAGAAAUUGACGACUCACAAGACGCAGGCCCCGAACUAAAGGUCGAUUUUGACAGCUUUGCUUCCCUGCUGCUCACAGGCCAAAAGAAAAAGCGAUAUAGACGAAAAAUCACCAAUUAUCUGAAAAAACUCAAAAAAGUUCGGUUUUCCGACAAUUUGGUGACCUUCCAAGACCAAAUCUGGGCCAAUGAAGGCAACUCACACGUUGAAGAAAGCGAGGUCAUUGAUGAUAACAAACCGCUGGAUCUAUCUUUACCCAUGGAUCAAUUACUCAAAAAUCUAGCCGUUAGAAAGAAAAACUCUGCUCUGGUCUCAAAGCCCCCCUCUGAGCAGACGCCGGAUUCUCAAGAAGAAAAGGAGGUUUUAGAAGAUAUGAAAGAGUCCUUGAAUCAUUUUCAGCAAUUACAAAAAGCUGAUACUGUUGCCCAGAACAGCUUCCCGAUCCAAUCUUCCACUGGGAAUUCAGAAGGAGGACCCACGCUGGAACCACUGAAACCCACUGCCACUGGGUCCGCCAACUAUUUAUUCCGAUCCAGUCAACCACCCAUCCAGCAUAUGCAACAAGAACCUUUGAGACCAACGUCCACAGGCUCCGCUAACCAUUUUUUUCAAGCGAAAAAGCCAGCAGACCAGAACUGGCAAUCGCAGCAACCAUUACAACCACUCAAACCUACGGCUACCGGGUCAGCAAACAGUCUUUUUCGAUCUCGUCAAGAAGGUGUCUCUAAUACUCAACAUGUAUCACCUAACCCCGCAUUCUCGAGUCCAAAUCUAUCGAAACCUGGUCAGAAUAUAAGCACUAACUCAAGCAAUUCCCUUGCUUCAGCUCUAACACCGCAUAUUGAUGGACCUCUUCACGCAAGAUCUGAUAUGCGACAAGCACCCCCAGCCCAAAAUCCACAAUUGCGAUUUCCUGACCAAUACCCAUCUGCAACGAACAAUUACUCAUUGUCACAGUACCAGUCAUCGCCACAAUUCCCGAAUACUUAUAGAAAUGAAACCUUCAAUUCCACAGAGCCAGGAAAUAAUUCAGGGUUCGGUAUGUCACCACAGACCACGAACCCAAAUCAGUUCAAUUUCCACUUUAACGCCAACAACCAUCUGUUUAUGUCGACAUCUCCGUCGCCUAAUGCAAGCACAAUGCAACUCAACCAGCCAUCAAAUCCAGGUCAAUUUCAGCCACUUCAAGGCAGUCUCUCGCCAAUGCCAGGAAACUCAAGUGGAGGCGGCUUCCCCGCCAUGAAUCACAAUGGACCCCUCAAUGGCCAACCAGACAGGAACUAUCUUCACCCAAGUUAUACCGGUCCUGCGCUUUCGGGAUACUCAAAUAACAGGUUGACUGUUCCGCCCCGAGACACGCAUAGCUUUUCGCCGUCCCCCGUUCCACAGUCCAACUACUUCCCACAAAACCCACCGAACAAUUAUCAGUCAAAAGACAUUCUGGGUGAUCUUAAAGCUUUGCAAGCUCAUGUGGAUCAUUUGCAAAAUGCAUACAACCGCUAA